AUGAAUCAGCUUUUCAUAGAAACUGAAAAAAUUCAAGAUCCACGAGAAGGCAAACUACAAGUUAUCUCAAACAUUGAUACAUGUGUAAAAAUAUCUGAAAUUUUAGAACCUACAUUGGGACCUUAUGGCAUGGAUAAAUUAUUUACAGGUGAGAAUUUUCUUAUUACAAAUGAUGGUGCUACUAUUCUAAAAAAGUUAAAUAUUGUACAUCCCGUUGGGGACUUUUUUGUUAAAAUGUCAGAAUCACAAGAUAAUGAAAUAGGAGAUGGUACUACAAGUGUAGUUAUACAAGCAGCUGCCAUUUUAAAUAUGCUUAAACCAUUAAUUAAAGAAGGUUUACCACUUGAUGAAAUUUAUGAAGAGUUACAUAAAAUAAAGAAUCUCUGUCUUAAAGAACUAGAACAUUAUAAAAUUGAAUUUUCUGAUGAUCUUCUUCUUAGCUUAGCAGAGACUUCUAUUAAUUCUAAGAACAUUAGAAACGUGAAAAAACAGUUUUCAAAAAUGAUUCUUAGUGCUGUACAAAAUGUUAAUGGUGAUUUAAAAAUGAUAGGCAUUAAUAAAAUUCCGGGUGGAAGUAUUUCUGAUUCUGUUCUUGUUAAUGGUAUAGCUUUUGAAAAAUGUUUUACAUAUGCUGGAUAUGAACAACAACCUAAGAAAAUUUUGAAUCCUAAAAUUUGUUGUAUUAAUGUUGAGCUUGAAUGGAAAGCCGAACGAGAAAAUGCAGAAAUGAAAAUUGAAAGCAUUAAUGAAUAUAAAAAGGUUGUUAAUACUGAAUGGAAUUUGAUAAAAGAAAAAUUAGAUUCGAUUAUUGAAUCUGGAGCAAAUGUUGUUUUAAGCUCUUUACCAAUAGGAGAUUAUGCUACACAAUAUUUUGCAAAAAAUAAUAUUUUUUGUGCAGGACGCGUAUCUAAAGACGAUCUUUUGCGUGUUACAAGUGCAUUUGGCGGAGUUAUAGUAAGUAGUACUAAUUAUUUAAACAAUUGUUUAGGUACAUGCGCUGUAUUUGAAGAACGCCAAAUUGGCAAAGAAAGGUUUAAUUAUUUUGAAGGAAAGAAUGCUAAUGCUUGUACUUUGAUAUUGAGAGGGCCUGGUAUUGAAGUAUUGAAUGAGGUAGAAAGAAGUGUUAAUGAUGCACUUAAUGUUAUUAAGGUUGCUAUUAAGCACAAAGAAGUUGUUACUGGUGGUGGAUCUGUUGAAAUGAGACUUUCUAAAUUUUUAAAAGAAAUUUCUGUGAAAUACAAAGAUAAAAAGUAUUUUAUUUGCAAGGCAAUAUCUCAGAGCUUUGAAAAGAUACCCUUUGUUUUGGCAAAUAACUUUGGUUUGGAUACCACAUUAACAAUCCCACUUUUAAGAAAAAGUUUUAAGAACGAAAAAUAUACUUCAGGAUUGGGCAUUAGAGGUGUGACAGAUAUGCAAAAACAAGCAGUUUUUGAGCCUUUGCAAACCAAAAUUAACAUUAUAAAAACCGCAUUUGAUGUUGCGGCUACAAUAAUUACUAUUGAUUCUACUAUAGUUUAA